AUGGCGGCCUAGUGUCCUGGUUUAACGCGGUUGCUCCAUGUCAACAUGUCACUGCUGAGAGUCUGUGCCUUCGCUAAAUGCCUGAGUCGUCGCAGUUUCUUUGAAAAGUGCGCCGUUCGCGUGUCUUUUGCGGACUGUUGUCGGCGCUGUGUGUGGGAAAGAAACGGCGCAGUGAGACGGAUAUCAGUGACUCCUUUGCAGCUUCAAAGAAGAAAUGUCUCAUUUUUAUUCCCGGAGACAGCAGAGACAAAGAAACGUGUUCUGGAACAGUCUCAGUUGUUAGACGUGCUUGAGGCCAGAAUCCAGCAGCUCCGGUCUGAUGUCGUUCUAGACGUCCAUCAUGCAAAGGUGCAGUUUGUUAAAGCUCCUUCUUAUGGAAGAGGUACUUCAUCUGGUAGAGGUCCCAGAGGUUCACCUCAGGAGAAAACUGACAUUCCUAAAUCUGGACAUAUGGUUACUAAAGGAGCCUCCAAAUCUCAACCCAGCCGCUGGAUAGAAAAAUUAACUCAGGAGAAGAAAAACAAACUUAAGAAACAGCAACGCCUCCAGCAGAAAAUACAGACAAAAAUGAAAGAUAAACCAACAACAAAAACUACAGGAAGCAAAAGCAACUUAAUGCCCCCCGGUACGUCACAUAAAACUAUAUCUACUGCAGCUAAAAAGAGCAGAGGUUCCAUGAAAUUGUCUGAGGAAAUUUGUGCUGCAGUUUCUUCAAAAUCUACCUCCACUGCUGCCACUUUGGCGGAUGGUACAACAGCCCUGAUACAGAAAGCAGCUAAACACAAAAAAAAAGAUUCUAGAAAACAGGUUGUUUUUGAAGAGGGACAAGAACAGACUGACGCCACGGACAGGGCUGAUGAGCUGGCUCAGGUGGAGGAGCUAGAGAGGAGACUCAAUCAACAAGUAAGCCAGUGGACGGCUUCAAGUAGUCCAGAGCACCUGCAAGAGGCCAGGGAUGAAACUGCCUGUGGGGACAUGAACCAGAGCAUUCGCUCCUACCUGGAGGCUUGUGUGUUUGUGGGGGACAUCGAUCGGGCGCACCAUUUCCUGCUCAGCCAGCACAGAGUUAGGAGUCGGCGUAAACAUCUGAACACGGACGUUUACAACAUCAUGAUGAGGGUGUGGGCCAAGAAGGGCGCUUUAAAUCAGAUUGGCCGCAUGUUUAUUUUGUUAGAAGAGGCUGGUCUGAAGCCAAAUCUAGGAUCCUACUUUGCUGCUCUGGAAUGUAUGGGCCGCAAAGUAACCUGCUCCCCGAGAGUCAUUUCAAGGUGCUUGAACCAGAUGGAGGACGACAGCCUGUCUGUGGAUGAUCUCUUCAGCCAGUGUGCGUUCCGUCAAGAUGAGAGGGACAUGCUGCUGAAGGCCAUACACGUUGUAAAGCCCGACUUCCAGCCCAGCGACAGCCAGCAAACCAGCCACUCUUGCCCAUCGUUGGUUCAGGAUUACUAUGCACAGAGGGCAGACCACACUUACCCAAAGCUGGACUUCACUCAGGAGGAGCUCCAGGAGCGUUUUAAAUGUCAGCUCAAUGUGGAGCAGGCCUGCACUGUCACCAUCGACUCUGUGGAAGCUGCCAAACCAGUCACUGAAAACAUGGCCAAAAUGAGAGAGCUGCUGGCUGAGCAGCGGGCACAGUGGCAGAAGAUCCUCCUCCAGGCCCUCAGGGAGAGCAAGAUGAUCCUGGCUAACACCAACACCAAGGACUACAGGCUUAACCUUUAUCCCUAUCUCUGUCUGCUAGAGGAUAGGGAGUAUGUUGACAUCAUGAUACAGAGUGUUGCCAACAUGCCUCCUAGUGGAGAGUCGCUGAAGCUUUUAGCCAGAGAUCUGGGCAACAGGGUCUACACCAAGUACACUGUGCGACAGAAGCAGGAGAAUCAGAUGGUGGAAAAGAUGGCUGGCAUUUACAACUUGUACACUGACCUGCUGGCCAAAGAUACCAAGGUGUACGAUGUCCUUCCCAGGGAGCACUGGGUUAAGCUGGAGAUGAAGCAGAGUUCGGGACCCUCGCUGCAGGGAGGCGAGACAAGCUGGCCGUACCUAGUAACUCUGGAACUGGGCACUUACUUGGUGGAUUUGAUGGUUAAGAACCUCAAAAUUAACAGUGACAUCUUGAAUCCAGCCUAUAGCAAGAAACUUAUCCCCAUCCUCUACCACAUGUACACCUUUCGCAGCACCCGACAGAUUGGUUUCAUCAAGCCUCACCCCAUCCUGACUCAGAUGCAGCAGGACGCCAUGGAGACCAAGCUGACAUUUGACUCCUAUGUGAUGCCGAUGCUGUGCCCUCCUGUUCCCUGGACCUCAGUCAAGUUUGGAGCCUACGUGCUCUCACCAGCCAAACUGAUGCGCACGGUGGACGGUGCCACCCAACACGAGCAGCUAUUGGAGGAGUGCGAGAACCUUUCCGCAGUCUUGGACUCGCUUAACCAGUUAGGUAACUGCGCCUGGAGGAUCAACAAACCUUUGUUGGAUAUUAUUAUCUCAAUCUUUAAUGAUCGUGGCAGUGAUAAGCUAGACAUCCCUCCUCCUUUGUCAGAGGCCCCCAAAAUUCCCCACUUCAACCCUCAUGAUCCCACUUACACAGCUAGCGAGAAGGCUCACAUGAAAAAAGAGGUGAUCAUUGCCAAGAAGAAAUGCAGUGAGAUGCACAGCCUGCGUAUGGACGCUCUCUAUAAACUCUCCAUCGCUCACCACAUGAGGGAUGAGAUCUUCUGGUUCCCUCACAACAUGGACUUUAGGGGCCGGACCUACCCAUGUCCUCCGUACUUUAAUCACCUGGGAAGUGAUGUGACACGGGCCAUCCUUGUGUUUGCAGAGGGGAAGCCUCUUGGUCUCAAGGGCCUGGACUGGCUAAAGAUCCAUUUAGUAAAUCUGACAGGGUUAAAGAAGAGGAGCUCACUCCAGGGACGACUGGAGUACGCCAACACUAUUAUGGAGGACAUACUGGACUCUGCAGACAACCCUCUAAAUGGUAAGAAGUGGUGGAUGAAUGCAGAUGAGCCUUGGCAGGCUUUGGCUUGCUGCAUGGAGAUCGCCAAUGCCGUGAGGUCGCCUGAUCCAACACAGUUUGUCUCUCAUUUUCCUGUUCACCAGGACGGCUCCUGUAAUGGUCUCCAGCACUACGCUGCUCUAGGCAGAGAUGUUAUUGGUGCCACAUCGGUCAACCUCAUGCCCUGUGAUGUGCCUCAGGAUGUGUACAGCGGCGUAGCACAGCAGGUGGAGGAGUUUCGAGCUCGCGAUGCACAGAACGGCCUGAAGAUCGCCCAGGUGCUGGAGGGCUUCAUCAGCAGGAAGGUGGUCAAACAGACGGUGAUGACGGUUGUGUACGGGGUCACACGCUAUGGAGGACGUCUCCAGAUAGAGAAAAGACUGAAGGAGAUUGAUGAGUUCCCCAAGGAUCAUGUGUGGGAUGCAUCCCAUUACCUGGUGCGUCUGGUGUUCAGUGGCUUGAAGGAGAUGUUUACAGGCACCAGAGAGAUUCAGGACUGGCUGACAGAGAGCGCCAGGCUCAUCUCCAAGUCUGGCCACACUGUGGAGUGGGUGACACCCCUGGGUUUACCCAUCAUUCAGCCCUACCAUCGCACACGCAGCCAAGUGCUGAAGAGCACCAUUCAGCACAUAACCCUCCAGAUCAACCACGACACCAAACAGAGUCCAGACACCGUUAAACAGAAGAAUGCUUUCCCACCAAACUUCAUCCACUCUCUGGACUCCACACACAUGAUGCUGACUGCUCUCCACUGCUAUAGUGCUGGUCUGACUUUCGUCUCAGUUCACGACUGUUUCUGGACCCACGCCCUCACUGUGGACACCAUGAACAAGGUCUGUCGGGAACAGUUUGUCGCCCUGCACAGCCAGCCAAUUCUUCAAGAGCUGUCCAACUUCCUGCUGCACAAAUACUGCACCAGACUCCCGACUGGAGCCAAGAACAAAAAGUACCAGGAGUACAGGAGGCUGAUGUUGCUGUUGGCCAAUGUGCCCCAGACAGGUGAUUUUGAUCUCCAGCAGGUGAAAGAAUCCACUUAUUUCUUCAGCUGAGAGCCUCGUGAGGGCGAGUCAGCAGAAAGACAUGAGUGGAAUUGACAAGAGUGCAGCAGGGAGGCUGCAGGCCGCCAAGUUCUGCCUGGCUUUGCCUCCCACAGACACGAGAACAUUGAUUCAGCCGCGCCCUGCCUGCCUCCUGGUCCACCGAGCAACCGGCUGGAGCUGCCGGAGCCGCUGGAGGCGUUCACACACGGUGAACUCGCCUGAUUAACUGACUAGUAGACUGAUGGACAGGAGGGUGGGAUACUCAUCCAGGCGAAAAAUGAGGGAAUCAGCACUGGAUGGAUGAAGACUUCAAUCAGUGAGAAGUACCUCUUAUAGCUUUGACCAUAUUCAGGUGUGUGUGUGUGUGUAUGUGUGUGUGUGUGUGUGUGUGUGUGUGUGCCCGUGCGUGCGUGCGUGCGCACUCAUUAGCCGAACCGAAUCACACAUUGAACCGUGUCGAUCCGUCCAUCACUCACAAACACUUCUGCUGCUGCUCGAUCAGCCCGAGAGAGAAAACUUUCUACUUACAAACUGUAAUUGCUGCUGAUUGCAGGUGUGUGUAUUCUCAUGCCGUAAAGACCUCCAGAAGAUGAUGACCUGCCUUUGCAACUGUUCCACCUAAUCCUCAGUCGCAGGAUGCCCACUGACACAGACAUUUUGUUUCUCUGAAGAAGACUUUUGAGAUGAAAUAAAAACGAGGGAUGCAGAACUCUAAGAGACAUGUAGAAGGAUGAGUCAAGGAUCUCUGAGAUUGCAUUGUGACCCAGGAUACUCUUGAUUCUCACCUCCUCGGAGUAACUAAGCACUUGGCGAUUGCUCUAAAAUAAAUGUGUUUCUUAAAA